AUGAAGAAAGUAACUAAAUCGGAAUCCAAAGAUAAAAUAUUUACUCCAGACUUUGUGAUAGUCAAAAUUUUAAAUUUGGAAAUACCUGAUGAGGAUCCUAUGGAGUACGACAUUAAAGCCACCUUCCUGGACCAACUAGUCAUAGCCAAAUCCAUGACUAGUAACAUAAAACGCACGAAGUCUGAAGCACUAGUUGGACUAAUAGAAUAUGAUCCCUCAGAUUACCAGAAUAUGAAUAAGUUUGCUGAUACUCCUCUCGCAGUAUCAAUACAACCUACUUAUCAACAUGAAAAGCAACAAAAAGAAGAAAUAUUAGAAGAAGUGGUAGAAGAAGAACAUAGCCUUUGCGAGGUUUUUUCUUAUCAUUGCAACAUUGAUAUUGGUAAAAUUUUUACAGAUGUAGACUACAUGGCAGUAGAAAAACGUAUGGACUCUUCUACUCGAUCAGUUCUGCAUGCGAAAAGUUGGUUAAGCCUACCACUCAUAUCAAUUGAAAUUGAGGCUAAGCGAAGUGAAGAAAAUGCUCAAGGUCAUAAAGUUCUCAGAGAUACCAACCUUCUCAAAUUCACUUUGAUUGGGUGCUACAACAUAAAUAUUCCGAGUGACGAUUCACUCUCCUACGCAUGCAUCACCGAAAUGCCGAUGUGUAAAGUAGAGAACACUCACAUAGUGCUAUUUGACAAAGGCGGGCUGGUUCCUAGUCGAUUCAAUCACACCAACUUUUACCCCAAGUGGGAAAGCCUGCGAAUUGAUGAAGAGAGCUACGCGAGAAACGAUAAAAAAUUCUUCUGCGAUAAUUUAAAAGAGUUUCAGAAUCCAAACAAUGUAGAUUUGGAUCAUAUUGAUAACAAAAAUGCGGUGCUAUGGACAUCCUUCCACCGAUCCUUGGUCGUCAAGAGUGCAGAGGAAUGGUUGUACCACCAUCUCCACGACCACGCUUGGCCAGUAGAGGUUCACGUGUGUGGAGUGGAACGUUACUGUUAUGUUACUUACCUCGACCUGCUCAAACUGAUCUACCCUGGUGAGCAUACCGUCCGUCUGGCGAUGCCCCUAAAGCAAGUACAAACGAAGUUGUCGCCGGAGGAGUGCACAGCGGAAUGCUUCUUGUCGCAGACUGUGUCCUCGAAUAGAAUUGGAUCUGCGAAAACUAACAAGGUAACUUCAGAAACAAACCAGUUAGAUGACACGAACAUGUCAUCAGUAGCCAGCGUGAGCGACGGCGACGGAAGCAAUCCUUUCAUAUUAGUAGAGAUCAAACUAGCAAGACCUCUUAGAAAAUCAUCCGUACCACCUAGUGUUACUAACAACGAACUGAUGGAGAUGUUGAGGAGAGAGGAGCAGUCUGCGCAGCCCCGCGAGGUCUCCGGCUGCAGCCACACGGACCGCCACUGGCGGGAGACGGUCAGCGCCGCAGCACAGCUGCUGUAUACUCUUCCGAAACGAGAUUCCUGCACGUUCGAUCACGACCUAAUCACAAGUAAAACACGAGUGGAGAUAGAGAGUUCCUUUUGGCAAGAAGCAGCACACUAUGUCAACAAUAACUUCAAUGCGAGUCAGUUUCUAGAAUCUGAUGAAGCGUUCGAGGAGCUUACGACUAUGGCACAUAUUCACAUGAUGCGAGCAGCAACAGAGACCAUACUUGGUGCACCAGAUUUUGAUGACCGAGGCCGCCUGCUUCAGGCGGCGCGACAGGCCCGUCAGAUGCAAGACACGCCCCAUGCUAUAGAACUCUACCUACAAUUGCUAACGACGUAUAAACGAGAUUCGGAUAUUUGGCGAGAAUUAGCCACUUGUUUCCAAGAUGUGGAUAAAAAAUUAGCGCACGUAUGCAUCGAUAAGGCUCUUAAGUUUAAUCCUCGUCAUCCUUUGAGCUUACUAUUAAAAGCAUGUCUUGUAGUGGACGAGGACAUAGAGCAAGCAGAGGUGUUUUUCUUAGCAAUACUCAGUCUGUACCCGUUUUGUACGCUACUGUGGAUCAUUGCAAGUGCCUACUAUUUUCACCGGGGGCUGCAUAAUAUUUCCGAAAAAAUAAUGGAAUAUGUUAAAAGAGUGACGUGUGAGGACAUACCGGAGUCGCCUCUGUUCCCCCGCGCGUGGGGCUGCGAGCUGGGCGACUGGUGGGACCACACCCCCAUUCUCGCCGGCUGUACCCCCUACUACGAUGUGGCCGACCUGCUAUUACGCAUACGGGGGAUCGCCCUUGCCGAAGUGUGUGUGGCGCUGUCCUUGCCCGAGGCCGGGGCCACUCCGAUGUACUACCACCUGCUGGCGUUAUGCUGUCGGUUGCGCGGUGAGGUCACCGACGCGCUGUGCCACUUGCAACACGCGUCGAAGAGGAAUGGAGCUUGUUACCUGUACAGUUUAGAGGGAGAGUGUCAUUUCGUUAAGGGUAACUGGACCGCAGCCAAAAUGUAUUUGGAGAACAGCGUUUAUUACAGUCAACCCUUUUCGACUCUCCUAGCAAUCUCUUCUUCAAGCUUAUCAAGACAUGAUAUUAACGUUACUCGGUCUGUGCUCUUGGACUUGGUGCGUCGACAGCCCAGCGCGUACGCUUGGACGAAACUAGCGCAGUUCUUCAUGAUGAAUAAAUCCAGAAAAUUGGACACACCCGGUUCAUCUGGUGACCACGAUUUGUCCACACGCUAUAUCGUGGCUUGCGCGGAGCAGGCUCUCAAGUGUGACAGAUACUUCCAAUACGCCUGGUCCAUUCUGGCGAAAACUGUCCAACAUGCCGCAAGACGUGUGUAUUGUCGGAAUAUGGCAAUUUGGUGUGGCCACUUGUACAAGCUUCCGUUCAAAAUGUACCCAAAUCUUCCACGCGGAGACCUAAUGGGUAAAACUAUGGACUGCCGGUGCCAAGAGAAAGAGGAACUUUAG